CCCGCAUUCUUUUGAGCACAACCGAGGGGAACCUCGGUGCCUUUGUUAUCUCGGUGUGUGUACUCAAGUCCUCUCCAGCUGAACGAUAGUAGCACGAGGCUGCAGGAGCGCGCAGUCGGACCGGGAGGAGAACAUCAUGAAGUUGGUCCUGCUCCUCCUCCUCCUCCUCCUCUGCCCGCUGUGCCUCGCUGACAACCAUGCUCCAAGUGAGUUUGUGUCCUUAGCGGAGAUGGAGGACGCCCUGCUGAAGAACCUUUUCCAAGGCUACCAGCGCUGGGUCAGGCCCAUCCUGCAUGCCAACGACACUGUUCGGGUACGCUUCGGACUCAAGAUCUCCCAGCUGGUUGAUGUGGAUGAGAAGAACCAGCUAAUGACAACUAAUGUUUGGCUGUGUCAGGAGUGGACUGACUACAAGCUGCGAUGGAAUCCUGCAAAAUACGGAGGAAUCACUUCCAUCAGAGUCCCCUCUGAAAAUAUUUGGCUCCCAGACAUCGUCCUGUAUGAGAAUGCUGACGGGCGGUUCGAGGGCUCCCUGAUGACCAAAGCCAUCGUCAAGUUCAAUGGUGCCAUCACCUGGACACCACCUGCUAGUUACAAGUCCGCCUGCACGAUGGACGUCACCUUCUUCCCCUUCGACCGCCAGAACUGCACCAUGAAGUUUGGCUCCUGGACCUAUGAUGGCAACAUGGUGGACCUGGUCCUGAUAGACAACCAGGUGGAUCGGAAAGACUUCUUCGAUAACGGCGAGUGGGAGAUCCUGAGUGCCACCGGGGCCAGAGGGAACAGGAAGGACGGCAUGUACUCGUACCCCUUCAUCACGUAUUCCUUCAUCCUGAAGAGGUUGCCGUUGUUCUACACACUCUUCCUCAUCAUCCCCUGUUUAGGUUUGUCCUUUCUGACCGUCCUGGUGUUUUACCUGCCCUCUGAUGAAGGAGAGAAGCUGUCCCUCUCCACCUCUGUCCUCGUGUCGCUCACUGUGUUCCUCCUGGUCAUAGAAGAAAUCAUCCCCUCCUCCUCCAAGGUCAUCCCGCUCAUUGGAGAGUACUUGCUGUUCAUCAUGAUCUUUGUCACACUCUCGAUCAUCGUCACUGUCUUUGUGAUAAACGUGCACCACCGGUCCUCGGCCACCUACCACCCCAUGUCGCCGUGGGUUCGCACUCUCUUCCUUCAGAAACUGCCGAGGUUGCUCUGCAUGCGUGGACACACCGACCGAUACCACUACCCAGAGCUGGCUCCUGAAAGCCCCGAGCUGAAGUCUCGCUCCGGAGGCCGGAAAGGAGCGCAGAGGGCGAACAGCUCAGCGCACGGACAGACGACCUCUGAGGGGAAGGAGGACGAGGCCUGGGCGACCAUGAUGGACAAGGCUAUCUACUCAGUCCGCUACAUCAGCAGACAUAUCCGCAAAGAACACUUCAUCCGCGAGGUCGUACAAGACUGGAAGUUUGUGGCUCAGGUGUUAGACAGGAUCUUCCUGUGGGCGUUCCUCACCGUCUCAGUACUGGGCACCGUCCUCAUCUUCACUCCAGCUAUUUAUAUGUUUUUGAAAAUCCCUCCACCAACUGCAAGUGAGGAUCCACCUUCAAACUAGUAGCAAAAACACACGCUUUCACAGGCAACUGUUGACCCACCGUCAAGAUAAAACAUUUGUUACCGGUGAGCAACAGGAAGGCAUCACAGGUGUUUUGUAAAGGACAACUUUAUUUCUAUGGUUUCUAUUCUUGAUCCG